UUGCCGGCGCUGUCGGUGACCCAAGUUUUCUUAUUGCCUGUCAGCAAAACAGCUGUUUGUUCGACACAGCCAAGAAGACAGUUCGCCAAAAACAGAACGAGACUGAGGCUAAGGGUAAAAACCAGCUGUUUCCUCACCCCUGAGAUCAGUAAAAACAACACCCGACAUCAUGGUGCAUUUUAAUUUUGAUGAAACCUUGAUACUAAUAGGAGAACUAGGCCGGUAUCAAGUGACCCUCUACAUCCUAUUAGGGCUGCUCGGUCUCCCCAGCUCCUGGCAGAACCUCUCCAUGGUGUUCCUGGGGGGUAAUAUGCAAUUCUGGUGUGCAGACGAAGACAGCGUCGACGGCCCACCACCCUGGGAGAGUGGCGACUACAAGGGCUUCGGAUACAACUUCUCCUUCCACGCGAACGGUUCGUCGCUGGCUGGUGGUAGCCCUGUAGGACGAUGUACCAAAACUGUGUUCGUGAACAGAGACUAUUAUAACAGUAGUCGUUUUCCUGACGUGGUUAACUCAUCGGACUUGCGCAUAGAGAAGUGUCACACGUGGAUUUACGACAGAUCACAUUACCUGUCUACAAUUAUUUCUCAGUACAACCUCGUCUGUGGUGAUGAAUGGAAGAUCUCCACGGCGACCAGCAUUUAUAUGGCCGGUUUUCUCGUCGGAGUCGUUGCCUUUGGAUAUCUGUCCGACAGAUUCGGCCGCCACAGAACACUAUUGUCUUCUCUGCUCCUGCUGAUUGUCUCUGGCGUGGCCGCCGCCUUCGCUCCGGAGUACAUCAGCUUUGUCCUCCUCCGCUUUGUCGUCGGCUCAUGCUCAGGUGGAGGUUUCACUGUGGGGUUUGUCAUAGUAAUGGAGACAAUCGGGCCUACCAAGAGGAUGAGUCCCGGUGUUUUCUACCAGGGUUGGUUCGCAGUUGGCAUCAUGAUACAGGCCGGCUUCGCCUACUUUGUUAGAAGCCACAUACAUCUCCAGCUGGUCCAAGCUCUCCCUGUUGUGUUGUUCUUGUCUUAUUGGUGGAUCGUCUCCGAGUCCCCCAGAUGGUUAGUGACUGUGGGAAGAAUCAGCGAAGCGGAAGUUCUUGUCAAGAAAAUCGCCAAAAUAAAUGGGCGGACAGAAGUCCAGCUGGGUGAGAUGGUGCGACGAUUUCAGGCUGGGGAGGUGAAGGAGUGUGUGACGAUGGAAAAACCGAAUAUCGUCGAUGUUUUGCGAGCGCCGAAUUUACGUUCACGGACUUGCAACGUGUCCUUUCAUUGGUUUGUUAUUUCCAUGGUGUACUACGGCUUGUCCUUAGGAUCUGGAAGCUUGGGCGGAAGUGUUUACAUUAACCACUUCCUAUCUGGACUGGUGGAAAUCCCGUCCUUUUUUAUCACCAUUUUCACCAUGGACAGAUUCGGCAGGAAGAAAGUAAUGUUGGCACUGCACGUGUUUGGAGGGGUCGCCUGUCUGGCUUGCACACCGCUAAUUGAUGUUCCCAAUUUGCAGCCUCUAUUGGUGACGUGCGCAAUGAUGGGGAAAUUCGCAGUGGCGGCUAAUUUUGCCGUGAUAUACGUGUACUCUGCGGAGAUCUUCCCCACCGUGGUGCGGAACGUGGGAGUCGGUGCGGGGUCUAUGUGUGCCAGGAUAGGCAGCUUGUUAGCACCACAGAUCUCACGACUGGACACAAUAUGGCGCCCUUCCCCCUUCUUGUUUUAUGGUGGCCUUCCUCUCAUAGCCGCCAUCUUGGUUUUCUUCCUGCCCGAGACUCUUCAUCAAAAAUUACCGGAAACUAUCGAAGACGGAGAGAAAUUCGGCACGCUGUGUCAUGGCGAUCAGUGGGAUUUAAACGACCCAUAUGUUGCCGAGGCGAUGAAGAAAAUAUAUCCAGCUUCACUGGAGCUUAAGAAGACAGCAGAUUGUCCAGGAGAAAACUGACCAUAUACGAAGCCGAAAUAGAAAAAAGCAAUGAAAACCCCGAGGGGAAAAGUCUGAAUGAGAUCAAUACAGAUUUGUAAGAAGACGUCAGUUUUGAGAUGCCCCCAGACUUGCCUGGUAUCUUGCGCUCACAAUCAGGGAAGAGUGUGCAAUGUCUAACACAGGAGACCCAAAAAAGGAGGGGUGUGCCUGAUAUCAAAAGCUCAUAUAAGCAGGAAAGAAAUCUACCCCGGAUAUCUGAUGCCCUUUAAUGACUGAAAGCGUGCCACACACGAUAUCACACGUUCUUCAAGAGGAAAAAGUGUACCACACGUGAUAUCACACGUUCUUCAAGAGGGAAAAGUGUGCCACACGUGAUAUGACACGUUCUUCAAUAGGGAAAAGUGUUUGUCUCCUGCUAACAGAAGAUAAUAAAAAGGUAAAAUUUAGCGGGAACGUGAAAAUCGGAAGUUUGUAAAUGAAGGCAAGCAUGAUAAACGUGCGCCAGUCAUGAUAUCAGAUUUUCUUACACCGACAAUGUAUGUCACAUGUGAUAUGAUCAGAAUUUCUGAUAUUGGAAUUUGUGAUGUCAGAAGUUAACAUAUUGACAAAGUACCCCAAACAUGAUAUCAAUGCUGCGUAUAAGGAAGAGUGUUUGCCACACCUGAUAUCAGAAGUUAAUUAACAGCAAAAAGUGUCCCACAUAAAGUGUCCUGACAUAAGCAGUUCGUAAAUAGCAUAAACAUGAUACCUGAAGUCCAUAACCAGAGGGAAGUGUGCAAUGAAAUUCCCAUUAACCUGCAGAAGUUUCCCCAUUUGAUAUCAGAGUUUUGUUGUGAAAGGGAGGUAUGCCCCAUCUAAUAUCAUAAAACGACAGAAGUCUGCCACACUUGAUAUCAGGCACUCCACCCUGUACUAGGGGAAUGGGCUGGUAUAUCACACAUCGGAUAUCCUGAACAGGAAGGAAGUAUGUCACACUUGAUAUUAGGCACUCCACUCUGUACAAGGGGAAUGGGCUGGUAUAUCACACAUCGGAUAUCAUAAACAUGAAGGAAGUCUGCCACACUUGAUAUCAGGCACUCCACCCUGUACUAGGGGAAUGGGCUGGUAUAUCACACAUCGGAUAUCAUAAACAUGAAGGAAGUCUGCCACACUUGAUAUCAGGCACUCCACCCUGUACUAGGGGAAUGGGCUGGUAUAUCACACAUCAGAUAUCCUGAACAGGAAGGAAGUAUGUCACACUUGAUAUCAGGCACUCCGCCCUGUACUAGGGGAAUGGGCUGGUAUAUCACAUAUCAGAUAUCCUGAACAGGAAGGAAGUAUGUCACACUUGCUAUUAGGCACUCCACCCUGUACUAGGGGAAUGGGCUGGUAUAACAGUAGUACUCCAGUAUGACGAACUAUCGAUUAACUAAAUGUGUCUACUCACGUCAGAAAAACAGAUCUGGUAACCGGAAGUCUUUCCUAUAAAACCGGAUGUGACGUCGUACAUCACUAUGUUUAUUGUAUACAAAGAGUACAAUGACAUGGUGGAUAGAUACAUGUAGCUGGAAAUUGACUGGAAUGUCUAAAAUUCUUUACAUUUUCAACAGUGAAAUACAUGUUAAAAAUCUGAACGUCUUUUUAGCUUGCCAUUUAUAAGUCCCUGAUUACGAUCGUGUCUUUAAUUCCAGACCCAGGAGCUCUUUUCACACGUUUCACCAUUCUGCAUUGUGUUAGGGCUCUAUCCUUUGUUAUACUGAUAAACCAGAAUGAGCAAUUUAUGGUUUCAUCAGGAACAUGGAAGUGGACAUUGGCUUGUGAUGAACUGAAACAUUACAUUGAUAAAACCGAAAAACGAUUCAGAUAUAUUGUUGUUUUUUGUUUUCUGUUAAACUCGCGUUCCUUUCAUGAAUUACGUUUAAAGCAAACGGUGGCCUCCGUGGCUCAGUUGCUUAGAGCGCUAGCGCAGC